GAGGCCGAAUCCUGCAGCUGUCACUGGUGCAGGCAGAGGAUGCUGGCAGGUACUCGUGCAAGGCUUCCAAUGAGGUGGGCGAGGACUGGCUGCACUACGAGCUAUUGGUGCUGACACCACCGGUGAUCCUAGGGGACACACAGGAGCUGGUAGAGGAAGUGACUGUGAAUGCAAGCAGUGCUGUCAGCCUGCAGUGCCCAGCUUUGGGGAACCCAGCACCCACUCUUUCAUGGCUCCAGAAUGGGCUGCCUGUGUCCCCCAGCCCACGACUGCAGGUCCUGGAAGAAGGACAAGUCUUACAGGUUUCCACUGCGGAGGUAGCUGAUGCUGCCAGCUACAUGUGUGUGGCAGAGAACCAGGCAGGUUCUGCAGAGAAACUCUUUACCCUCAGGGUCCAAGUCCCACCACAAAUCUCAGGCUGGCACGCUGACAAGCUCACCACCACCCUCAACAGCAGUGUCUCCCUCACCUGUGAAGUCCAUGCUCACCCAAGCCCUGAGGUCACAUGGUACAAGGAUGGCCAGCCUCUCUCCCUGGGACAAGAGGUUUUCUUCCUUCCAGGUACCCACACACUGCGGCUGGCACGGGUACAGCCAGCUGACUCCGGAACAUACCUAUGUGAGGCCCUCAAUGCUGCAGGCCGAGACCAGAAGACUGUACAGCUCGAUGUUCUGGUUCCUCCCACCUUUAAACGGACUCCUGGAAGCCCCCAAGAAGCCGUUGUGGUCAGAGCAGGAGACAAAGCCGUCCUGAGCUGUGAGACAGACUCACUCCCAGAGCCAGCUGUGACCUGGUUCAAGGACCAGCAGCCACUAGCCCUGGAGCGGCGGAUUCAGGGUCUACAAGGUGGACAAAAACUGGAAAUCAUGGACUCACAGGCAUCAGAUAAGGGAGUGUACAGCUGUAAAGUCAGCAACCCAGCUGGAGAGGCCACCCAGACCUUCGUCCUCGCCAUCCAAAUGCCCCCCACAUUUGAGAAACCUGAGACUGAGACAGUGAGCCAGGUAGCUGGGCGGCCCCUAGUCCUGGCCUGUGAUGUGUCAGGGACCCCAGCUCCCACUGUCACUUGGCUGAAGGACAGAAUGCCUGUGGAGAGCAGCCUGGUGCACGGAGUGGUUUCCCGAGGUGGCCGCCUCCAGCUGAGUCGCCUGCAGCCUGCCCAGGCUGGUAUUUACACUUGUGUGGCUGAGAACGCCCAAGCUGAGGCCCGCAAAGACUUUGUGGUGUCUGUAUUAGUGCCUCCCCAGAUCCAGAACUCAGGCACGGCACAAGAACACAAUGUGUUAGAGAGACAGGAGAUAAGGCUGGACUGUGACGCUGAAGGACAGCCACCACCAGAUAUAGCCUGGCUGAAGGACGGUAGCCCAUUGGACCAGCAUGUGGGGCCUCACCUCCGGUUCUACCUGGAUGGCAGCUCCCUGGUGCUGAAGGGCCUAAAAGCAGCAGAUUCGGGUGCCUACACCUGUGUGGCCCACAACCCGGCUGGGGAGGAUGCCAGGCUGCACACAGUGAACGUACUGGUUCCUCCCACCAUCGAGCAACGAGCUGGUGACACAGGGACCCUAGUGAGCAAGACUGGAGAGCUGGUGACCAUGAUGUGCCCUGUCCGGGGAUCCCCACCCAUCCAUGUGAGCUGGCUCAAGGACGGCCUGCCCCUUCCACUCUCCCAGCGCACAUUCCUCCACAGCUCUGGCCGCACUCUCAGGAUUUCUCAGGUGCAGCUGGCAGAUUCGGGCAUCUUCACCUGUGUGGCUGCAAGCCCAGCUGGUGUGGCUGGCAGAAACUUCACCGUGCUGGUACUCGUACCCCCCACUCUGGAACCGGUAGAGUUUCAGAAUGAUGUGAUGGCUGUCCAAGGCUCUGAAGUGGUCCUUCCGUGUGAGGCCCGGGGAAGCCCCCUGCCCCUUGUAUCGUGGAUGAAAGAUGGGGAGCCCUUGUUGCCCCAGAUCCUUGAGCAGGGGCCUGGCCUGAAGCUGGAAGCAGUGAGCAUUGGUGACUCGGGGACCUACUCCUGUAUGGCAGCGAGCGAGGCAGGGGAGGCCAGGAGGAGUUUCCGGCUGACAGUGAUGGAUCCCCCUCACAUUGAGGAAUCUGGCCAGACUUCAGAGCUGUCACUGACACCUGGUGCCCACCUGGAGCUCCUGUGCGAGGCCCAAGGCAUCCCCCCACCCAACAUCACUUGGCAUAAAGACGGGCAGGCUCUGAGGAGAAUAGAGAAUGACAGCCAAGCUGGCCGUGUGCUCCGUGUGAGGAACGUGCAGGUGGACAAUGCUGGGCUCUACACCUGCCUGGCCGAGAGCCCUGCAGGUGAAGUUGAGAAGAGCUUCCGGGUCAGGGUCCAAGCCCCUCCAAAUGUUGUUGGGCCCCGGGGUCCCCGCUCUGUGGUUGGCUUGGCUCCAGGGCAGCUGAUCCUGGAGUGCUCGGUGGAGGCAGAGCCAGCACCAGAGAUUGAGUGGCAUCGAGGCGGCAUCCUGCUUCAGGCAGAUGCCCAUACUCAGUUCCCAGAGCAGGGCAGAUUCCUCAAGCUGCAGGCGCUGAGCACAGCUGAUGCCGGGGACUACAGCUGCACAGCCCGCAACACUGCAGGCAGCACCAGCGUGGCUUUUCACGUGGAGAUCCACAUGGCACCCACCAUCCAGCCAGGACCGAACGUUGUGGACAUCCCAGUGAACCGCACAGCCCUGCUGCCCUGCCAGGCCCACGGUGUGCCCACGCCCCUCAUGAGCUGGCGGAAGGAUGGGAUCCCUCUGGAUCCUGGGAGCCCCAGGCUAGAGUUUCUGCCUGAGGGUUCACUGCGGAUCGAUCCAGUCCUGGAGCAGGAUGCUGGACACUACCUCUGCGUGGCAUCCAACUCAGCUGGCUCUGACCGGCAAGGCCUAGACCUCAGAGUCCUUGAGCCCCCAACCAUUGCCCCUGGCCCCUCCAACCUGACCCUGACUGCUCACAGCCCAGCCUCACUGCCCUGUGAAGCCAAAGGUUCCCCCAAGCCAUUGGUGAGCUGGUGGAAGGAUGGGCAGAAGCUGGACUUUCGCCUGCAGCAAGAUGCCUACCGGCUCCUGCCUUCCAAUGCCCUGCUCCUGGCAGCUCCCAGCCCUCAGGACUCAGCCCAGUUUGAGUGUGUGGUGAGCAACGAGGUGGGCGAGUCCCGCAGGCGCUACCAGGUGACUGUCCACGUACCACCCACCAUUGCGGAUGACCAGACAGAUUUCACGGUAACCAGGAUGGCACCUGUUGUCCUCACAUGCCACAGCACAGGGUCACCAGCCCCAGCUGUGUCCUGGAGUAAAGCAGGCACCAAGCUGGGAGCCAGGGGCAGUGGCUAUCGAGUCUUGCCCUCUGGUGCUCUGGAGAUUGAGCAGGCCCUUCCUAUCCACGCUGGCCGAUACACUUGCACAGCUCGCAACUCUGCUGGCAUGGCCCGCAAGCACAUGGUCCUCAUAGUGCAAGCCUCCCCUGUGGUGAAGCCGCUGCCCAGUGUGGUUCAGGCUGUGGAGUCUGAGGAGGUGCUUCUGCCCUGUGAGGCCUCUGGCAUCCCCCAGCCAGUGGUCAUCUGGCAGAAGGAGGGGCUCAGCAUUCCUGAAGGAACACGUAUACGGGUCCUUGCCAGCGGCCAGCUGUGGAUCACGCACACCAGCCCAGAGGACGCCGGGAACUACUUCUGCAUUGCUCAGAACAGUGUGGGCAGUGCCAUGGCAAAGACUAGGCUGGUAGUGCAAGUCCCACCUGUGAUUGAGAAUGGCCUCCCAGAUUUGUCCACUACUGAGGGCUCCAACGCCCUCCUGCCCUGCACAGCCAAGGGCAGCCCUGAGCCAGCCAUCACCUGGGAAAAGGAUGGCCAACUGGUGUCUGGAGCUGAUGGCAAAUUCGCCCUGCAGCCUUCUGGGGAGCUCUUGGUGAAAAGCUCUGAGAGCCAGGAUGCAGGCACAUACAUCUGCACCGCAGAGAAUGCUGUGGGCCGUGCCCGCCGCCGUGUGCAUCUCACUAUCCUGACACUGCCUGUCCUCACCACCUUACCCGGGGACCGCAGCCUGCGCCUUGGGGACAGGCUAUGGCUUCGCUGUGCAGCCCGGGGCAGCCCAACACCCCGCAUUGGUUGGACCAUCAACGAUCAGCCUGUGACAGAGGGGGUGUCUGAGCAGGAUGGGGGCAGCACACUGCAGCGGGCAGCCGUCGCCAGAGAAGACAGUGGGACGUAUGUGUGCUGGGCUGAGAACAGAGUUGGCCGUGUGCAGGCUGUCAGCUUUGUCCAUGUGAAGGAGGCUCCAGUCCUACAAGGGGAAGCCUUCUCCUACCUGGUGGAACCUGUAGGGGGCAGCAUCCGGCUAGACUGUGUGGUUCGUGGAGAUCCAGCUCCAGACAUCCGUUGGACUAAAGACAGCCUUCCACUGCCCGUCAGCCGCCUCUAUCUCCAGCUGCAGAAUGGCUCCCUGACCAUCCUCAGGACCAAGAUGGACGAUGCAGGAAGGUACCAGUGCCUGGCCACGAACGAGAUGGGUGCUGUGAAGAAAGUGGUGACACUUGUGCUUCAGAGUGCCCCAGUGUUCUUGGUGGAGCCUCGGGACCUGACAGUGAGGUUAGGAGAGGAUGUGGAGCUGCGGUGCCAAGCCACUGGAGAGCCUGUGCCCACAAUCGAGUGGCUACGGGCAGGUCGACCACUACAGGCUGACCGGAGGCUCAGGACCCUGCCAGAUGGUAGCCUAUGGCUGGGGCAUGUGGAAGCUGGAGACGCUGGGGCGUAUGAGUGUGUUGCACACAACCUUCUGGGCUCUGCCACAGCCCAGGCAUUGCUGGCUGUGAGAGGGGAGCCCCGGGGCAGCCGGGGUAGCAUGAUCGGGGUCAUCAAUGGUCAGGAAUUUGGUAUGGCUACUCUCAACACCAGUGUGCAACAGGAAGGCAGUUCUGGGGUCGCAACCAUCUGGAGCAGCAUCAGCCACGUUCCAGCAAGUGUGGGGCCUCUAAUGCGGGUGCUGGUGGUCACCAUUGCCCCCAUCUACUGGGCCCUGGCUAGAGAGAGUGGAGGGGCCUUAAAUGGCUAUUCCCUGACGGGUGGCAGCUUCCAGCAGGAGUCACACAUGGAAUUUUCUACAGGGGAGCUGCUCACAAUGACCCAGAUGGCUCGGGGUCUGGAUCCUGAUGGACUCCUACUCCUGGAGGUGACAAUCAAUGGCAUGAUCCCAGAGAGCCUGGCCGAUGCAGAUCUGCAUAUGCAGGACUUCCAGGAGAACUACGUGCAGACAGGGCCUGGCCAGCUGUUCGUGGGCUCCACACAGCACUUCCUCCAUGAUAGUCUCCCAGCGUCUCUGCGUUGCAAUCAUAGCAUCCAGUAUGAUAAGGCCCGGGGCCCCCAGCCCCAGCUGGUGCAGCACCUUCGGGCCUCAUCUAUCAGCUCAACCUUCGACCCUGAGGCAGAGGCCCUGCGCUUCCAGCUCACCACAGCCCUGCAAGCUGAAGAAAAUGAGGUUGGCUGUCCUGAGGGCUUUGAGAUGGACACCCAGGGAACAUUUUGUGUGGACAGGAAUGAAUGCUCAGCGGGCCCCAGCCCCUGCUCACACACCUGCCGCAAUGCUCCUGGCCAUUUCUCCUGCUCCUGCCCUACCGGCUUCACCCUGGCCCGGGACCACAGGAACUGUCGAGAUGUGGAUGAGUGUGUGGGAGACACCCACCUCUGCCAGGAGGGGCAGCGCUGUGUGAACCUGCUUGGAACCUAUAACUGCCUCCCUGACUGUAGGCCUGGCUUCCGGGUAACUGCUGAUGGAAACAGCUGUGAAGAUGUGGAUGAAUGUCUGGAGCAGCUGGAUGAGUGUCACUACAAUCAACUCUGUGAGAACACUGCCGGUAGCCACCACUGCAGCUGCCCCAGGGGGUACCGCCAACAAGGCCAUGGCCUUCCCUGCCUAG